UACGUUUCUCUUCAGGUCUCAUGUACAGUGAAAAGUUGAAGUGUAUAAUUUUGGAGCCUCAUCCGAGAGCGGCGGAGUCGAUAGAAGUUUUUUUUUUAAACGUUUUUCCAUUCAAGUAUGGUCGGAGAUUACUGUUCUAUUUCAGGCGAAAAUACGGAUAUGCACUCACAGAGGAACGCAAAAAGCGGAUUAAGUUGUAAAAUGGUUCUUCAGGCGGUGGGCAAAGUUUUAAGGUAAAAUAACAAUAUGUUUGAAUUUCAGGUUUAAAUGAUUUAUACUUGUUGCGAGCCUUCUCCAUAAUGUGAAGACAAGGCAGCAGUGGCAGCAUGCUUGGUUUAUAGUGGAACUUUCCAUGGGACAGCAAAAGGAACGUUCACUGUCUGAUUUGGGAAAUAUAAUUUUAAGCAUAUACUUGACGUUUUAGAUUUAUUUCGGAUUUUUAAAACGUUGGAGUACAGUUUGGAUAAACUAUGCACAAAGUAGGCUAUCGACUUGACACGAUUCCGUAGUAGUAGCAGCAACAGUGUUUUCUAGCCAUGUGUGUCACGGCCAACAUGUUAGAAGUAGAUAGCGAAUACUGUCAUUUUCAUAUCGGUUAAAGGUAGUCUCUGAAUCAGUUAUUGGUUGGAUCCGUGGCAGCAGAAAUUGGAUGCGCGAACAUGUAGUUUUACAGACUGGUAUCAUAGAUUAGACGUAACAUAGUAAAAGUAAACCCGGGACAAUCCAAUUAUCUUACGUUUGGUAUGGUUACUUAAGGCAAAAACAAAAGGAGGGUGGUUGGUCGGGCGUAAAACGCGAACGUCUAGCAAUCCAAAGGUUGCAAGAUAAUCCAUCCACCUGAAAGGUGUGGCAUAUCAAGAAGCUGAUUAAACGGCAACAUCAUUACACAGGUGCAGGUUUUGCUGGAGAUAUUAAAAGGCCACUCUAAAAUGUGCUGUUUUGUCACAACACAAUGCCACAGAUGUCGCAAGUUUUUAGGGAGCGUGCAAUUGGCAUGCUGACUACAGGAAUGUGUUAAUUGCUUUACCAUAAGCCGCAUCCAACUUUGUUUUAGAAAAUGUUAAAGUACGUCCAUCUGGACUCACAACUGCAGCUCUUCAUGGAUGAAUCCUGGUUUCAAUUGUACAGGGCAGACGGCGUGUAUGGCGUUGUGUGGGUGAGCGGUUUGCUGAUGUCAACAUUGUGAACAGAGUGGGGUUAUGGUAUGGGCAGGCAUAAGCUAAGAACAAUGAACACAAUAGCGUUUUAUCUAUGGCAAUGUGAUACUGUGACAAGAUCCUGAGGCCCAUUGUCUUACCAUUAAUUCACCGCCACCACCUCUUAUUUGAGCAUGUUAAUGCACAGCCCCAUGUCACAGUGUUCUGUACACAAUUCCUGGAAUCUGAAAAUGUCCCAGUUCUUCCAUGGCCUGCAUACCCACCAGACAUGUCACCCGUUGAGCAUGUGUGGGAUGCUCUGGAUUGACUUGUACAGCAGCGUGUUCCAUUUCCUGCCAAUAUCCAGCAACUUUGCUCAGCCGUUGAAGAGGAGCAGGACAACAUUCCACAGGCCACAAUCAACAGCCUGACCAACUCUAUGCGAAGAUAUGUCGUGCUGCAUGAGGAAGUCUAAGACGAAGCCCAAUGGGAAGAAACCGCCAGCGGAAGAGAAGAAGCAGUAUCUGGAGGCGGAGUUCACUAAAGUACGCGUGGUAGACUUCGACCUCAAAGAGCUGGUGCUGCUGCCCAGGGAGAUAGACCUCAACGAAUGGCUCGCCAGCAACACGACGACCUUCUUCAAUCUAAUAAACCUGCAGUACAGCACCAUCUCAGAGUUCUGUACUGGGGACACCUGUCAAGCCAUGACGGCCUGCAACACAAUAUACUACUGGUAUGACGAGAGGGGGAAGAAGACAAAAUGCACUGCCCCUCAGUACGUCGACUUCGUCAUGAGUCUGGUGCAGAAGCUGGUCACAGAAGAGGAAAACUUCCCUACGAAAUAUGGCAAAGAGUUCCCCACCUCAUUUGACUCUUUGGUAAAGAAGAUUUGCCGGUACCUCUUCCACGUCCUGGCUCACCUCUACUGGGCUCAUUUUAAGGAGACAGUGGCCCUGGACCUGCAGGGUCACUUGAACACUCUGUACGCACAUUUCAUUGUUUUCGUAAGGGAAUUCAACCUGGUCGACCCCAAGGAGACCUGUAUCAUGGACGACCUGUCCGAAAUCCUCUGCGCCCCGGUGCCCCCCACCCCAGCACCCGCCGCCCCUUCCUCCCCUAACUCGGCCCCCUCCCCCUCCUCACACAACCACGUGACGGAGAGAUGAGCAGGGGGUGCCGUGACAAGCAGCCCCGGGAAGAAGACGGUAGAAGAUUAAGAUAGAGAAGAGAUGGAAACGUUCCUGGUCCCCUUCCUAGACCUCAGGCUCCAGCAGCAGGACUUAGAGACCUUCCACUAACCUGAUAUUUCACUGACACCAACCAGCCGGAAGGAAGGUUUAUUUGAGGGGGGGGGGGGGUGUUGCCACACCAACAGGAAUUGGUGUGAGCCUGUUCCUUCCAGGGGGCAAAUCCCUCCCAUCUGCUCUGCAAUUUAAACUAGGAACAAAUAUGUAAUGUUUUUUUUUUUAAUUUUGGUUUUAUUUUACUUUUAUUUUAUUCUGUUGGAAAAGUUUUAUUCAGUUGUAUUUGUUUUUCUCAUUUGAGACGGUUUCUGUUUGCCCUUCUCUCCCUCUGUUCUCUGCCUAAAGUACAGUUCAGGAUGGUGACUGCUUUGCUUGAACGUACUAUUGUACAGUGUUGUUAUUGUGUGGCGAAAAGGUGACUCAACAAUGAGUAUUGGCUCUUCGCUCCUGCCUAGUGGUGGGAGGAUUGAAGGGGGAGGGUCUAUAGGGAGCCACGUUACUACCUAGUGGGACAAUACUAGCCAAUCACUGUUUGAGUUGUUAAUCUGGAGAUGAUUAAAGCGCUUCCUACUCAGGACCAGAGAGAACACAAGUCACUGCUAUUAUUCUCUCCCACCCUUGCUCGCUCUCUGUUCACAAAACUACUCUGUCCCUUCAAUAUUACAGUUGUCAUUCUCGUAUUACUUUAGUCAUGUAUUCACCUGAUGAACCCCUCUUUAACAUCCCUGUCCCAGAGGCCACCCAUAGGGGGCAGUAUAGACAUAGGGUGGCACUGCCACGCAAACAGGGAGAUAAGAAGAUAUCAAAAUUCUAUGUAAGUUAUUUAAUAUGACCAGACCCGCUAUUACAAGACAGACUGGUGCCCAUGUAUGGUUACAGGGAAGGUUGGUGCAGAGUGGAGACCUCUUCCCCAGGGAACUGCUGUUUGCUGCGGUGUGAUGGAGCGUUGGCCACCCUGCCCUCUCUAGCAGCACAGGAGAAGGACAAGGACAUUGGUAAUGUCUGCAGGCCCAGAAAGAGGGGAGGAAAGGAGGAGAGAAAGGAGAAGUAUGGUGUGGUCUGCUUUACUGUUCUGUAUUGCUGAAGAAGCCCCCCAGCCCAGCCCCUUGUCUUUUGGGGUUUUAUUUUCCGUUUUUAAAUGAUCAAAGAGGAAAGUAGUUAAUGAAAGAUGUUAUCCUACACAUAUAUAGAAAGCUGCAUGGUCUGCUUCAUCUUCACUGUACAGAGAGAGGAAAGAGGAAUCAAUCAGACAGUCUCUGUAUCGAGGAGGAGGGUUUAUUCUCUGUUUAUUUAUUUUAAUUUUGUUUUGUUUGCAGGGUUCUUCAGUUCUGGCUUUUAUUUUUAUCUAUUUUAAUUAUUAACUAAGUUAAAAGCAAUUUAAUAUUUUAAGCUCUGCUGAUUAUAAUCGAAUAAAAUACAUAAAUGCC